CCAACAGGCAGAUUGCGUUCUCCGUGAACCGAAACCUAUCCGUCAUAUUAUGCCUGGCAUUUAUUAACUCCAGUUGGAAUGUCUUUUACUUUUACUUGUUUUUAGUUCAUCAAAUUCUAAAUUCAUCGAGUUCACCAAUAUCUUAAAUAGCCAAGCAUGAAUAAAAGCCAGCUGAGGGGUCUUGUGUUGGCCAAGAGGCCUCUCACAUGGGGCCACCGCUGGCUCAAAAUUAGCUGUACGCUGGGCAAAACCUUCGACCGCGACUCCUUUGCCAGCGGAAGCAGUGCCGCCUACAUCGAGAACCUAUAUAGCAAGUGGCAGCGCAACCCCAAGUCUGUAGAUGAGUCCUGGGAUGCGUUCUUCAGCGGCAAGGAGCCCUCACUUUUCAAGAAGACCCCGGUGCAGACAUUGCCCACCAGGAAGUACAGGCGGCGUCCAAUGGAGCUCAGGACCACGGUGAAGGCUCGUUCGGGCGAAAGAGCGGCUUCCGAAGGCGGUUCGUCUGUUUCAGCGGCACCUUCAGCUGCCCCUCCAGCGGCGCCUCCCGGCGACUGGAAGAACAUCGACGACCAUCACACGGUGCAGGCGAUCAUCCGGGCCUAUCAGAUGCGCGGUCAUCUGGCGGCCGACCUGGAUCCCUUGGGAAUCGUGGGGCCCGACAAGAGCUCCUCUGUAGACGGCGCCAAGCGGCAAGCCGCAAAGGAUGUUCUCAGGCAGCACUACUCGUACAUUUUCGGCGAUUUGAAUGCAAUGUUUAAGCUUCCCUCCUCCACGAUGAUCGGCGGCGAUGAGCAGUUCCUGCCCCUCAGGGAGAUUCUGGACCGCUUGGAGCGCAUCUACUGCGGACACAUCGGUAUCGAAUACAUGCAGAUAACGUCGCUCACGAAGACCACAUGGAUACGUGAGCGACUCGAGAGGCCAAAAGCCCUGGAGUGCAGCAAGGAAGAGAAGAAGCUCAUCCUGGAGCGCCUGAUCCGAGCGACGGGCUUUGAGAACUUCCUGGCAAAAAAGUUCACCUCGGAGAAGCGUUUCGGCCUGGAGGGAUGCGACAUCAUGAUACCAGUCAUCAAGGAGGUGGUGGAUAGGGCCACUAAUGACGGCGUGGAGUCCAUUUUUAUAGGAAUGGCCCAUCGAGGUCGCCUCAAUGUCCUGGCCAACAUCUGCCGGAAGCCCAUUGCCGAUAUACUGGCGCAGUUUCAUGGCCUCCAGGCGAGUGACCCUGGAGCCGGCGACGUGAAGUAUCACCUGGGCGUGUUCCAGGAGCGGCUGAACCGUCAAACCAACAGAAUGGUGCGCAUCACCGUGGUGGCAAAUCCCUCGCAUCUGGAGCACGUGAACCCAGUUCUGCUGGGCAAGGCGCGGGCAGAAAUGGAGCACCGCGGCGACACAGAAGGCGAGACCGUGCUGCCCAUCAUCAUUCACGGAGAUGCCUCCUUCUCCGGGCAGGGCGUGGUCUACGAGUCGAUGCACUUGUCUGACCUGCCCAAUUACACCACCUACGGCACCAUCCACAUCGUGUCUAACAACCAGGUGGGCUUCACUACGGACCCGCGCUUCUCCCGCUCCUCGCGUUACUGCACGGACGUGGCUAAGGUGACGAGUGCCCCGAUCCUGCACGUCAACGCUGACGAUCCGGAGGCAUGCAUCCAGUGCGCCCGCAUUGCCGCCGACUACCGGACAAAGUUCAAGAAGGAUGUGGUCAUCGAUAUCGUCGGCUACCGUCGCAACGGGCACAACGAGGGCGACGAGCCGAUGUUCACCCAGCCGCUGAUGUACCAGCGCAUACGGAAGCUGAAGCCCUGCCUGACGCUCUACGCGGAGAAGCUCAUCAAGGAGGGUGUGAUCACGGACGGCGAGUACAAGGCAUUGGUCUCAGAGUACGAUAAGAUCUGCGAGGACUCCUGGGCAAAGUCGAAGAACAUCAAGACGAUUAAGAACUCCACUUGGCUCGACUCCCCCUGGCCGGCCUUCUUCGAGGGCCGCAAUCGCCUCGAGAUGAGUCCCACAGGCGUCAGCGAGGAUACCCUCAAGACGAUUGGAACAGUGUUCUCCAGCUUGCCGCCACAGGAGCACAAGUUUGAGGCGCACAAGGGCAUCCAACGCAUCCUCUCGCAGCGCAAACAGAUGGUGGAUGACAAGGUGGCGGACUGGUCGCUGGGCGAGGUCUUCGCCUUCGGAUCGCUGCUGAAGGAGGGUGUCCACGUGCGCCUGAGCGGUCAAGAUGUGGAGCGAGGCACGUUCUCGCAUCGACACCACGUCCUGCAUCACCAGACCGCCGACAAGGUGGUGUACACGCCACUGAACCACUUGUACCCCGACCAAGCGCAAUACUCCGUCUCCAACAGCUCGCUCUCGGAGUGCGCAGUGCUGGGCUUUGAGCACGGCUACUCGAUGGCCAGCCCCAAUACGCUGGUGAUGUGGGAGGGUCAGUUCGGCGACUUCUGCAACACGGCGCAGUGCAUCAUCGACCAGUUCAUCGCCAGCGGCGAGUCAAAGUGGGUGCGCCAGUCCGGCGUGGUGCUGCUGCUGCCCCACAGCAUGGAGGGCAUGGGCCCUGAGCACUCCUCCGGCCGCAUGGAGCGUUUCCUGCAGAUGAGCGACGACGAUCCGGAUAUAUAUCCGGACACCUGUGACUGUGACUUUGUGGCGCGCCAGCUGAUGAACGUCAACUGGAUCAUCACGAACCUCUCGACGCCCGCCAACUUUUUCCACUGUUUGCGGCGGCAAGUAAAAAUGGGCUUCCGCAAGCCGCUAAUCAACUUCUCGCCCAAGUCCGUGCUCCGCCACCCGAUGGCCCGCAGUCCGUUCAAGGACUUCAACGAGGGCAGCAGCUUCAAGCGCCUAAUCCCCGAGGACGGGCCCGCCUCCGAAAAUCCAGACUGCGUUACCAAGCUCGUUUUCUGUUCGGGAAAAGUCUAUUAUGAUCUUUUCAAGGAGCGCGAUGACCACCAGCAGGAGGACACCGUUGCCAUUGUUCGGGUGGAGCAGCUCUGUCCAUUCCCAUACGACCUAAUAACGGAGCAGUUGGAGCUCUAUCCCAAGGCGGAGCUACUGUGGGCCCAGGAGGAGCACAAGAACAGCGGAGCUUGGUUCUACGUGCAGCCGCGAUUCGACACCACCCUGCUGCAGAACGAGAAGGAAACGCGCUGCGUGACCUACCAUGGGCGCGCCCCCAGCUCCUCACCGGCGACUGGCAACAAGGCGCAGCACUACAAGGAGUACAAGGCCUUUGUGGAGAGCAUCUUUGGCGAGCUGACUGAGGAGAACAAGGCGCGUCUCGAGUGCAUCGUUAAGGCGCAGCAGGCGCAGGCCAAGGCCGACACCCAGGGCUCGUUGAAAAAAAAUCCGCCGAAGCCGGUGAAGCCCAAGGGCGGUGGCCCGCCAGCUCAAAAGGGUGGAUCACCAGGCAAGAAGCGUUCUGACCCUCCACCAGCUGGUAAAGCUGCCACUCCUGUUUCCGAGUCCAAGAAAACUCCUGCGAGUCCCACGGGAGGUGGAACGCCACCUACCAAGAAUCAAUCGUCAGAUAAGAAGCAGUUGAAGCCUGAGCCUGCUGGCAAAGGGGGAUUUCCCGUUUCUACGCAUAGAACGAAUCUAGGGCCAGCCGCCAAGAAAGCACCCCCGGCUACAGUUCCUGGAGAUGCCCAUAGAAUUUUACCUCAGAAACCUCGCUUCUACAAGAUUAAGCCUUCGCCAGAACGAGCUAAGACGAAAGCCGAGGAUACUAAGAAUCCAAGAAAACCCUGAUCUCUAUUAUCAAAUUUUUUGGCCAGCUUUUAUAAUUUUAGUUUGUCAAAUUAUUAAGUAAACGAGAAGAAAUACUUUUAAGAA